CAUAUUCAUCAGCACAGCAUAAACCCUGACUCCUCAUCUCCCUCUGAACUUGAAUUUGCUGGCAGUUACUUCACUUUGUGUAUCUAACUGCCAGAACAAAGAUUGUUGUAGGUCUGGGAUAUAUUUCAGUACAUCUCUUAGAGUUAUUCUGUUGUCAGUCUAUACCAGGACAAUGAAACACAGCUCAGCCCUGCUGCUGCUGCUUCUAAUCGGGACGAGCUUUGCUGACACCUAUAAAAAUGUGGCCUUGCGUGGAAAAGCGACCCAGUCAGACCAGGUGAAUUCUCCAUUUGCAUCUGCCUACAACGCCAUUGAUGGAAACCGUGCAUCUAACCUUCUAGUCGGAUCAUGCAGCAUCACCGAUGAACAGACCAACCCCUGGUGGAGAGUCGAUCUGCUUGAGUCCUACAUCGUCACCUCCAUUAGCAUCACAAACAGAGGAGAUUGCUGUCCAGAGAGGAUCAAUGGAGCAGAGAUUCACAUUGGCAACUCUUUACAAGACAAUGGUGCCUCAAACCCAGUGGUUGGUGUAAUUCCUCAAAUCCCACCAGGCAGGACUUUAAAAAUGACUUUUACCAGACCUGUAGAGGGACGUUAUGUGACUGUGGUUCUGCCUGGUUUAAGAAGAAUCCUUACACUCUGUGAAGUGGAAGUCUAUGGUUACCGUGCCCCAACUGGAGAGAACCUGGCAAUUCAAGGAAAAGCCACACAGUCAUCCCUGCAUUCUAUAGGCAUUGCAUAUAAUGCCAUAGAUGGGAAUCGUGCCAGUGACUGGGCCCAGGCUUCUUGCAGUCACACAGGCAAUAACUUCAAUCCCUGGUGGCGACUGGACCUGGGAAAAACCCAUAAAGUGUUCUCUGUCAAUGUAACCAACUACAAAAGUGCAUCCUCACGACUAAAUGGAGCUGAGAUCCGCAUUGGAGAUUCUCUUGAAAAUGAUGGCAACAACAACCCCAGGUGUGCUGUCAUCUCACAUAUCCCUGGAGGUUUCACACAAGGCUUCGAGUGUAACGGGAUGGACGGUCGCUAUGUUAACAUUGUCAUUCCUGGAAGAAAUGAGUACCUGGUCCUGUGUGAGGUGGAGGUGUAUGGUUCCGUACUAGAUUAGAAUUGAGGAGGAUCAUAAAGGCUGGAUUACCAAGUGGGUAAAGCGAACAACUACUCAGGGACCCCAGAAGCCAGAUUUAACAAAUAUAAAUGAUUUGGCAUUGAUAACAGCAGUGAGACUGAAUCAUACAUUUGUGUCCAACUAAAACAAUAAGUGAACAAGGCUAAAAAUCUCUUGGUGGUUGGUGAUCAUUUAUCUCUGUGUGCAUCACAAUGUUGGUAUAGCAAAA